AUGGUCGAGAACUUCCUCAGAGAAGGUAAACUCUCUCAGGCACGCCAACUGUUUGAUCAAAUGCCUCACAAGAACACAAUCUCCAGAAACAUGAUGCUCUCGGGCUACGUGAAAUCAGGGAAUCUCGUUGCUGCCAGGGAGUUGUUUGAUACCAUGUCUGAUCGAACUGCGGUUACAUGGACGAUUUUGAUUGGUGCCUAUGCGCAGACUAAUCAGAUUUCUGAUGGGUUUAAGGUUUUUGGUGAAAUGUAUAGGUGGGGAACAGUGCCGGAUGAUGUGACUUUUGCAACUCUUUUAUCUGGGUGCAAUGAUCCCGAUGUGGUCAAUGAGUUAGUUCAAGUUCAUGCUCAUGUUGUUAAGUUAGGAUAUGAUUCAUCUCUCAUUGUCUGCAAUUCUUUGGUUGAUUCUUAUUGCAAGAUUUAUGAUCUUGACUCGGGUAGUUUGCUCUUUAAGGAAAUGGCUGAGAGGGAUUCUGUAACUUUUAAUGCACUGAUAACAGGGUACUCAAAACAUGGGUUGAAUGAAGAAGCUAUCAGCGUUUUCUUGGAAAUGCAGAGGUUGGGUUUCAAGCCUUCAGAUUUUACAUUUGCAGCAAUUCUUUGCGCUGUGGUUGGGUUAGGUGACUUACCCCUGGGGCAGCAAGUUCAUGGUUUUGUGGUGAAGAUGAACUAUGUUUGCAAUGUGUUUGUGGGAAAUGCAUUGCUCGAUUUCUACUCAAAACAUGAUUGUGUUGUUGAAGCUAGGAAGCUUUUUGAUGAGAUGCCAGAGGUAGAUGGUGUUUCUUAUAAUGUGAUCAUCACGGGUUAUUCACGGAUAGAGCAAUAUCAAGAGUCCCUUAAGUUCUUCCAAGAAUUACAGUGUUCUGGAUUUGAUCGGAGCAACUACCCAUUUGCAACGCUGUUGAGCAUAACAUCUAAUUUGUCAAACCUGCAAAUUGGUCGACAAAUUCAUUCCCAUGUUGUUAUGACAGCAGCUGAUUCAGAACUCCUGGUUGGGAAUGCUUUGGUUGACAUGUAUGCCAAAUGUGACAGAUUUAAUGAAGCUGAAAAGAUAUUCAUGAAUCUGGCCCACAGAAGCACAGUUUCUUGGACAGCCCUGAUUUCAGCUUAUGUUCAGAAAGGACUUCACGAAGAAGGCCUAAAGCUGUUCAAUGAGAUGCAAAGAACUGGUGUAGCAGUAGACCAGGCUACCUGUGCCAGCAUCUUGAGAGCGUCUGCAAGUUUGGCUUCAAUGUCACUGGGAAGACAACUCCACUCAUUUAUAAUCAGAUCAGGCUUCAUGUCAAAUGUUUUCUCGGGAAGUGCACUUGUUGACAUGUAUGCAAAAUGUGGUUCCAUUAAAGAUGCAGUUCAAAUCUUUCAGGAGAUGCCUGAAAGGAACUAUGUUUCUUGGAAUGCAUUGAUCUCAGCCUUCGCACAAAAUGGAGAUGGUGAAGCUACCUUCAAUGCAUUUGAAGAGAUGAUUCAGUCAGGUUUCCAGCCAGAUUCAGUUAGCUUCCUCAGCCUUUUAACUGCUUGCAGCCACUGCGGGCUUGUCGAAAAAGGAUUGCAACAUUUCGAGUCCAUGACUGAAAUCUAUGGACUUGUUCCAAAAAGAGAGCAUUAUGCAUCCAUGGUAGAUAUGCUGUGCCGAAAUGCAAGAUUUGUCGAGGCAGAGGAGCUAAUAGCCAAAAUGCCAUUCAACCCUGAUGAAAUAAUGCGGUCAUCAGUCUAA